UUGGCAUUCAGACAUACUGUUUGUGUUUUGGCUUUCAAUUUAAAUUGUUUGAGUUUCUAAAUUUUUGAAAAAAAAAAUCACAAAAAAAUUGUAAAAAGAGGGAAAAGACAUGGCGUUGUGCUUCCGCAACAUUAGGCGCCACAUGUGCAUGCUGAUGCGUCAGAACUUCGCCAAAAGUUGCGAGAAAAAGCUGAAUGACCAGAUCAACAUGGAGUUGAAGGCAUGCCACCAGUAUUUGGCCAUGGCCUACCAUUUCGAUCGUUCGGAUAUCAGUUCACCGGGAUUGUACGGAUUCUUCUUGAAGUCCAGCGCCGAAGAGCGGGAGCACGCGGAGAAGAUCAUGCAGUAUAUGAAUAAGCGCGGAGGUCUGAUCAUUUUGAGCAGUGUACCGGAGCCGUUGCCCUGUUUCGCCAGCAGUCUGGAGGCCCUAAAGGUGGCCCUGCAAAUGGAACUGGAGGUCAACCAGCACCUGUUGGACCUGCACACCCUGGCAGGCAAGGAAUCGGAUCCGAAUCUCUGCGACUUUAUCGAGGCGAACUUCCUGCAGGAGCAGGUCGACGGUCAGAAGGUCCUGGCGGACUACAUUCGCCAGUUGGAGAGGGCCACGAGCGAUGUGGGUGACUAUCUGUUCGACAAGUAUAUGGGUUCCGGAAUGCAUAAAAGCAAAUGAGGCACUCCAAGUGGACCACCGUUCGAACAAAAAAAUCCGUUUAUUAAAU